GCACUCUAUGGAAACAUUUCAUGUUUAUUGAACGAUGGUGGCCAUAAAAAAGGCAUGCUGGAAUUCCCUGAUAAUAAACGGCUCUGUGAUAAGCAUCCACUAAACACCUUUAAAUAUAAAUGCAGUGAGCGCCGUUGCCUUAGUAUGAAACUUAUUCCAGCGUAGAGCAGAGCGGAAACAGUGACAAUGCAUUUCGGCGUGUUGGGCAGUGGAAUAAUUGGACUGACGUCCGCGUUGGAGCUGCAGAAGGAGUUUCCAACAGCUCAGGUCUCGAUCAUAGCAGACCGCUUCAAUGAGGAUACCGUAAGCUAUGUAGCUGCCGGCAUCUUUCGCCCUGGCACAAGCUUCAUGGGUCCCACUAAAGGGAUUACGCAACAAUGGAUGACAGACGCUUUCAAUUACUGGGACGAAAUACGACGAUCCAAGGAAUCGGCACUGGCUGGCGUUUGUCAAUUGUCCGGUUACAUAUAUUCACGCACCACACCUUCUGUAGUCCGGAACCACUUCAUCGAACAGCUGUUGCCCGUUUAUCGCCGUGCCACGGAGGAAGAAUUGAAACUGUGUGAGGGCGGCUGGAAAUACGGAUCUUUCUUUACAACAUGCCUCACCGAAAGCCGCCUGUUUUUGCCCUAUGCCACCGAAAAAUUCCUAAAAAAUGGUGGUCAAGUGGUGCGCCAGCAUGUUAGCAACUUCUUUGAUGUGCCAAAAGACUUUGAUGUGCUGCUGAACUGCACGGGUAUGGGCGCCAAAGAGCUGUGUAACGAUCAGCAGCUGGUGCCGCUACGUGGACAGGUACUGAAGGUGCGCGCUCCUUGGAUUAAGACGGCAUUCUAUGGCGAUCUGGAUACGUAUAUUUUACCCGGCUUCGAGACUGUUACGAUAGGCGGCUGCAGACAAUAUGAUAGCUACAACACCGAGUGGUGUAAGUACGACAGCAUGUCCAUAAAGGAACGUUGCUACAACAUGCUGCCUAGCUUGAAGAAGGCGGAAAUUGUUCGUGAAUGUGUUGGAUUGCGUCCACAUCGUGCUGUAGUCCGUGUGGAGCCAGAACUCAUAACAAACCCAUCGGGCCGUCGCCUUAAGAUCGUUCACAACUAUGGACACGGUGGCUAUGGCGUUACUACAGCCCCAGGCACGGCCAAAUACGCAGUGAAAGUUGUGCGUGAUAUGCUUGCUGGCAAUAGCAAACUGUAGCGUGUUUUCCAUUGCAUUAUUGUAUUGUUAAAGUUGUUAAUAAUUGAACAUGUUUAUAUCAUGCAAUUUGUUUUAUAUACAAACUUUGUACCAAACAUGAUAUUGGGCAAUUUAGCUUUGCUUUUAAUUGCGAUACAUCCAUAAAGUAAUUAUUUCUCAGCAAGAUAA